AGCCAAGCCAGCCUGGAAUCCGAAAAACAACAAGCAAACAAACCGCAACCGGAGUCGAAGUUUUUUCUUGUGCGAAGCGUGUGAUAGAAGCCACUCGUUCCUCAUCGUUUAUUUUUUAUGUUCUUAACGACAACUCCACAGCUCUGCUAAGCCAUGGACAUUCACAGUUUCGGAGUGGAACCUAUAACGUGCCAUGCGUGGAACAAGGAUCGUUCAGAGGUGGCCUUGUGCCCCAACAGCCACGAGGUGCAGCUGUUCGGCUGCGAACCGGGCGGCUCGUGGCAGCCCGGCCAGACGCUGAGCCAGCACGACCUGCGGGUGACCAGCAUGGACUGGGCGCCCCGCAGCAACCGCAUCGUCACCUGCUCGGCCGACCGCAACGCCUACGUCUGGACCUUGGCCGAGGACGCUCCGGGGGCCAGGGGUGCCAAGCGCUGGACGCCCACCCUGGUGCUGCUGCGCAUCAACAGGGCCGCCACCUGCGUGCGCUGGUCACCGCUAGAGAACAAGUUUGCAGUGGGCUGCGGUGCCAAGCUGGUGUCGGUGUGCUACUUUGAGGAGGGCAACAACUGGUGGCUGAGCAAGCACAUCAAGAAGCCCGUCAAGUCCACCGUCACUUCUCUCGACUGGCACCCAAACAACUGCCUGCUCGCCUGCGGCUCCACAGACUUCAGGACCAGGAUCUUCUCGGCAUACAUCCGUGAGGUGGACAGUCCGCCAGAGCAGAGUCCUUGGGGAGAGAAGCCCGGCACCUUUGGCAACCUCAUGGCCGAGCUGUCUGCCAGCGGAGCUGGCUGGGUGCACUCGGUGAGCUUCUCCGGGGACGGCAGCCGGCUGGCUUGGGUGGGGCACGACAGCAGCGUGUGCGUGGCAGACGCCCAGAAGGGUCUGGCGGUGGCCAGCGUGCGGACUCCCUUCCUGCCCUUCCUGUCCUGCCUCUGGGUGUCCCCCUCCAGGAUCGUCGUGGCCGGCUACGACUGCUGCCCCAUGGUGUACGAAUACAGCAACGGCCAGGUGUCGUUUGUGGACAAGCUGGACAAGUCCCAGCGGAAGGAGGUGGACGGUGUCAGUGCGAUGCGCAAGUUCCUGAACAUGGACAAGCACGCGACGGAGUUUCGGGGGGACACGCUGCUGGACACGGCCCACCAGAACGCCAUCACCCUGGUGACUCUGGUGCAGGGCACGAGGGAUGCCGCCACCCGCCUCUGCACCACGGGCAUGGACGGAAAGCUCGUCCUCUGGGACCUCAAGUCGUUGCAGUCCUCCAUGGCCGGCAUGCGCAUCGUCUGACGGUGGCCGCCAACGGUAGCAGUGCCACAAUGCGAGGGGUGCCUCCUUCUAAACAGAGGUGACCCUCGUUUUCCAAGACUUCCAAGCAAAGGUGCAACAGCGGUCGUCUGCUAAAGCUCAGCGUCGCCUGCUAUAAAAAGCUGGCGGCUGUUUGCUGAAAGUUGGGCGUCGUCUGCUGAAGGCCGGCUGCUGUCUGCUAAGGGCAAGGGACCCCGACCGCGUGAAGAUGGCUGCGAGCUCAGUCUGUCGAAAGUUUGUCCUCUUGUUUGUUUUCUUCUUUGCAAUAUUUUUUUGUUUGUAAAAAAGAAAAAUCUGUCUAAUUGAAAAUUUACAGGAUCCCUCGCGACAUGUUGCGAGGUUGCUGUGCUCUGGCCUCUUUGGGUUGUCGAAGUGAAAAGCUUGAAAGUGUGGUACAAGAUGUGCGAUUGCGUGAAGGCCCGUUCACACACUUGCAACCGAGUAUGACCGAGUGAGACAGGCUGGUUUUUAAGCCUCUUGUGACGGCGUAAGACCAGAUGCGCUGCUGCGGGGCAGGUCCUAAGCCGUCGCAAGAGGCUUAAAAACCAGUUUCGCCUCAGCUGGUCCUACUCAACUGCAAGUGUGUGAACGAGCCUUGAGUGUCUCCAAAAACAAUAAUGGGCACAAUGAUGGCCUUCUGACUCGGUUAAUCUCUUGAGCCAAAUCUUUCUUGUUUAAAAGUUUUGAUUGAAUGUAAGAAAAUGCCCCCUUACUCGUUGUUACAGAUAAUUGACCGAAGCUCCGUUUUAACAAAAGCAGCCCCACAGGCAAUUUUAGGUCCGAAAUAAUUAGUUUUGGUUAUAUAAAUACUAUCUGCAAGCAGUGAAAUUAAUCGUUCACUCCAAAAGCAUGGCUUGAAAAACAAAAUAUAGAGUACACACCCUCAAUCUUUACGUACAAAAGUAUGAAAAUUAUGGGAAAACAACAGCAACAAAACAAACAGGAAUAUGAAACAAACCGGGCUUUCCCUCGCUUUUGUUUGUGCUCGGUAUAAAGAUGCACCCCAGACAGCUCAAAAAUCCCUGGUGCAAUAGCUCGAACCAUUCCAGCAUUCUGCAGUGAACUGUGAAAGAGGUUUUGUAAGUAGUCCAUUUAUUUUUAUUUGCCGUAAAAAACUUGCAAUUUUUGUUUUGUAACAUUUGUUGCGAUGCAUGCAGUUUUCUCUUGGAAGCGUGUCCUUUUGUGGAAGUCGGCCAGUCAUAGCGAGGAGACUCCAGUUUGUUUUUACCUAAAACGGAAGAUGGAACAGCGGCCAUUUUGUAUCAGAGAGACAGGAAACACUUGACUCUCGUUUGUCACUUUCACCUGAAGAUGUCGUAAAAGACGGGAACGGUAAGGCGUCUCUUUCUGACGCCCGGCCCCCAGCAAGCACUCAUCGCCUUCUGCUGCUCGUUGGCCGUGUGUGCACGCUUGAGACACCGAAACGAGGUAACUUGAAGGACAACCCCUGCCGUUCUAACUCUGUCGGCGAAUAUAGUGGCGGGUCGCACAGGCGACCCGCCACUCUAUUCGCCCACCCUUCUGUUACAAGGGCCGUUUCGAGGGUCACUGAGCCAACGAUCGUGGCAUCUUCCAACAAUCGCUGAGCUCAACAAAGUUGUCCGGUGUUACACGGUACAUAGGAACCCCAACUUUUGAUCGCAGUUGAUUACCUUAUUUUAAAAAGCGAUGCACAUAGAUUAUAUACACACUUUUCACUCAUAGUAGACUAACACAAAAUAAAAUGUUCUUUAUUUUUAGAGUAAAAAAGCGAUAAUAUGAACGUUUCGCACAAAUUCAAGCAAGAGGGAUAUAACGAAAGUCUUUAUCGGCACCGACAUAAGAAUGACCGAGCUCGCCGACAUGCCAAGAUCGUUUUAGCGGCAGCUCUGGCACCGAAUCGUACCAAUUCUAACAAUAUUUGCUGAUAGAAUGCUUUCUAGAUACGUCCCCCAAUCUUCCGCAGUAGUAAGUGCUCCGCUGGUGCUGGCCAUCGGUCGCAGUGCGGCGGACGCCGCCAUCUUUAGCUCUUCGGGGUGAACCCCCAUCAGAUUAUGAGGUAGGCCAGCUCAAGUUAAACUCCAUGGUCGUUAGUGGCUUGAUGGCAGUUGGCGCUGCCGUGUGACACCGCUUGAUUGCGAUUGAGUCAAUAGUCGUUGGCUCGAUGAUCCUUGAAACUGCCUGUGUAACAGGGGUAUAAGACUGCUUCGUUGACAUGCCCACUCAAAGUGGCCGUUGCUGCACUCUCGCAGGAGUUCCUUCGUCAAAGCUUUGUUGUGAGCAUUGGAUGCCGGCACGAGAGAUUCGUCUACAGGGGCUACUUUGUUGUACCGUGCACCUGAGUUCUCCAGAAGAAAAAAAGAACCUGACCGUCGAGAAUUUGAAUGUGCCCACAGGCACCGAGUGUUGAAGUGCAAGAUUCUGUUUUCAAACGAGGAAGCCCGGGUUUCAGGGAGAAUUGGGAAGUAGUUCCGUACGGGGGAGAGACAGUCCUCUUUCGAAGAUUUGAGCUUUCGCCUCCCGCUUUUGCGAGCACCACUUUGCGACGACGGUUCGUAGCUUCUUCCGACAAAGUCCGAAAAUUUGCAGGUCGGCACGCUGUCAUGCCUGUGCUUUGCAAUAAUGUGGCCGCCGCCUAUUUUUAUAAGUUCGACUGCCAUGAGCUAGUGCAAAAGUGGGCCCGUGAAAAAAAAAGAAAAAAAAAAGCUGGAAAGGAAGUCUAGUUUACCACAAUUCGGAGUGUGACUGUUGCUCGAGCCGAUAGCGCCAACCAUACAGUGCAAAAAGAACAACAUUGCGGCGCUCGUCAUCUUUUGUUGUGUGGGUUAUGACCGGCUAGACCAAUGAAGUGCAGGCAUAUUCCAUGACUUGGCACUUUGUCUGUGCUUGUUUGUCUUCUAGCCUCUGACUACGCUCAGACUUGUGGUAAACCAAAGUAUUACAACAAACGUUGGCGGGGAACCCAACCUGAGACCUGCAGCUGUUUUCAUGCGUUGAAAACCCCGACAUACAUUUUCUGUAAAAACCUAAAAAAGAAGUAUGCAUCGAAGGACAGAAUGCGGACAGCAUGUCUUUCGAAAGCUACGUUGUUCGUGUUCUGUCUUAUGUGUAUAAUUCUUUAUCAAGUUUUUUGACAACACUAACAUUUUCUGCCAAGCAGAAAAUCGUUGCAUUUCUCCUCUCCCAAAAGUGUAAAAGCAGAGGUGUGGUACGUGCGUCAGCCCGCAGUUGACACAUUAAUUAGAACGAUGCACGGGGAUACAUGUAGGUUUAUGUCACAUUUGUCUGGUUUGCACCGCACCUGCACCAGCUACUGAAAUGAUUGAUUAAUUGAUUCACAGUCUUUUUAUCGAACUCUUAAUAGGUCAUCGCUGCAUUGACUUGCGUGGCAAUUAGAGCGGCGUGCUGCACUAACUCUGCCACCUGAAAUGACUGCACGCUUAGCGGCUACGCUAUAGUAUGUUGCAGGUUAAGAAGGUCGGUCGAGGGAAAGGAAAGUGGGAGAGGAGGAAGCAGACCUCUAACGCUGGCGAGGGGAGCUUUCCUCCUCUCCUUGCCAGCAUUGCGUCCAUUUGCUCCUCUCCCACCUUCUUUUUCCUCGCCUUACCUUCUUGAGUUGUUGCCGACUAUAGUCUCCGACCCCCCUAAGGAAUUCUGUCUCAAAGACUCCCGUGGUUUUGUGUUUUUAUUGCUUUUUACCCCGUUUUUGUCACUAAGGUUGUGUGGCACUUCCCUUGCCAGUUUUCAGUUGUGGUACAAACUCGUCAUUUGUCUGCUCAGUUUGGUUAGCGGUCGAGCACAAACGAGUGUUUGUUUGCUCGCGUUCUUUUGCAGGCAAAGAAGUAACCCGAAAAAACUGCCUCAGCGAGAACGUCUGUUUAAUUUAAGCUUCGCUUCUUCGUUUGUUCUGGGCCACGUGUCGCCCAUUAUGAGUGUAAUAAUCCUCGUUGGCUUCCUGAAAGGGACCAUGAAAUUAUAUUUGUAGCUUUCGCUAUUAGUAACCUAUAAAUAUUCCGAAUGUUCAUGGAACUCGAGCAGGAACUAGUUCGCCCGCGAGACAAGCAGUCUCGUAUCUUGUGACAGAUUAUUCCCCCUGAAGCGCUGCAGCGCUCCUCAAGCUCUUCAAUGCCCCUGAAGUGGUUCAGUGCUUACCACAGUCGUGGACUUGGAGUCCAAGCACAUUUUCAAAAUUUCAAGGGAAACAUUGUGUCUGUGGACUAAUUCUCUAUUGCCCAACCAUGCAAUGCACAAUUAGUAGAAUUCAAACCCAACGUCAUCAUUUCAUGGUCCCUUACGGCCUACCCCUUUUUGUUUCGAUUGCUUUCGCCUUGACUUUCUCUCUGCAAUGCCAUUGAAGCGAAACAAAGUGCUCACGAAAGUAACUGCUUUGUUGUUGAUGUGAUGAGGUUUGAUGGUGUGUGUGUGUGAGUGUGUGCUGGGCUGAGAAAGGCCUCGUAAAAGAGUAACCAUGUGAAGCUGCCCGUUCCGUGUUGGACGAGCGGAGUAAUAUUUAUUUCGAAGGGUCCAACAGCGUUCCCUUCGAAAGCUGUGGGAUUUUGUCGAAGAUUUUUUAUAUAUAUAUAUAUAGCUUCCCCUUUGUUCUAGCAAGUUCAGCUGGGCUGGCCUGGAAGACAACGUGUAAGAUAAUUAUAGUUGAUAAUAAAUUACGAGCUUUCUCCA